GCGCCGCGCCGCAGGAUGGGCUGGUGCGGCUGCCGCUCCGGGCCGCCGCCGUCGCGGCUGUCGCUGCUGCUGCUGCUGCUGCUGGCGGUGGCCGGCGCCGGCGCGGCCCCGCGCUCCGCGCUCUACUCGUCCUCUGACCCGCUGACGCUGCUGCAGGCGGACACCGUGCGCGGCGCCGUGCUGGGCUCCCGCAGCGCCUGGGCCGUGGAGUUCUUCGCCUCCUGGUGCGGCCACUGCAUCGCCUUCGCCCCGACGUGGAAGGCGCUGGCCAACGACGUCAAAGACUGGAGACCCGCCCUGAAUCUCGCUGCCCUGGACUGUGCUGAUGAGACCAACAGUGCCAUCUGCAGAGACUUCAACAUCCCCGGCUUCCCGACCGUGAGGUUCUUUAAGGCCUUUUCCAAGAAUGGCUCAGGAUCAGCAUUGCCAGUGGCUGGUGCUGAUGUGGAGACGCUGCGGAAGAGGCUCAUUGACGCCUUGGAGUCCCAUAGUGACACGUGGCCCCCCGCCUGCCCCCCGCUGGAGCCUGCCAGGCUGGAGGAGAUUGAUGGAUUCUUUGCGAGAAACGACAAAGAUUACUUGGCCCUGAUCUUUGAAAAGGAAGGCUCAUACCUGGGUAGAGAGGUGACUCUGGACUUGUCCCAGCACCAAGGCAUAGCAGUGCGCAGGGUCCUGAACACGGAGGGCGAUGUGGUGAGCAAGUUCGGGGUCACUGACUUCCCAUCUUGCUACUUGCUGUUUCGGAAUGGCUCUGCCUCUCGGGUCCACGUGCUUGCGGAAUCCAGGUCCUUCUACACCACUUACCUGAAGAGGUUCUCCAGGGCCCCCCGGGAGCCUGUCCCCACCAAGCUUGUGCCAACCACUGCUCACACAAUAGCUCCCACUGUGUGGAAAGUCGCAGAUCGCUCCAAGAUCUACAUGGCUGACCUGGAAUCCGCGCUGCACUACAUCCUGCGGGUGGAAGUGGGCAAGUUCUCUGUGCUGGAGGGGCAGCGCCUGGUGGCCCUGAAAAAGUUCGUGGCCGUGCUGGCCCAGCACUUCCCCGGCCAGCCCUUAGUCCAGAACUUCCUGCAUUCCAUAAAUGACUGGCUCAAGAGGCAGCAGAGAAAGAAAAUCCCCUACGGUUUCUUUAAAGCUGCCCUGGACAACAGGAAGGAGGGCACUGUCAUCGCCGAGAAGGUGAACUGGGUUGGCUGCCAGGGGAGUGAGCCCCAUUUCCGGGGCUUUCCCUGUUCCCUGUGGAUCCUCUUCCAUUUCCUGACGGUGCAAGCAGCUCGGCACAACUUCGACCCCUCGCAAGAGACAGCCAAGGCCCAGGAGGUCCUCCAGGCCAUCCGCAGCUACGUGCGCUUCUUCUUCGGCUGCCGAGACUGCGCCAACCACUUCGAACAGAUGGCAGCCGCCUCCAUGCACCGGGUGGAGAGUCUGAACAGCGCCGUGCUCUGGCUCUGGUCCAGCCACAACAAGGUCAACAAUCGCCUCGCCGGGGCCGCCAGCGAGGACCCCCACUUCCCCAAGGUGCAGUGGCCGCCCCGUGAGCUCUGUGCUGCCUGCCACAACGAACUCCGGGGUACGGCUGUGUGGGACCUGAACAAUACUCUGCGAUUUCUCAAGACCCACUUCUCGCCCAGCAAUGUGGUCCUGGACACGCAUUCCUCUCGUCCGGGCCCCCGGGUGGCUGCCCAGAGGAUGGCAGCCAGAAAUGUCACUCUGAGUCCUGCGAAGGCGGCGAUGGUGGUGGGCCUGGGGACAGAGUCCCCCGGAACCGCUGUUCCUGAUAUUGUCGUAGAGAGACUCGGGGCGAGUCAGCCCCAGGAUGUGCUCAUUGGCUUCGGGGCUACCACGGCCAAGCCAGAGCAGGGGUCCCCCGAGCACGUAGCGGAGCUUCAGAGGGAUGAGGCGGAGCAGCCCGAGGGGCGGCAGCACGUGAGCAGGCGAGACACCGGAGCCACGCUGCUGGAGGAGUUCCUGGCCGAGAGGAGCCAACCCAGAGCCCCUUCGGAGCUACGGCGCGUGGGCCGCAGCUCCAAGCAGCUGGCCAGCAUCCCCGAGGGGGAGCCAGAGGCGGGGACAAUGCGGGGCCAGGGCCAGUGGCUGCAGGUGCUGGAGGGGAACUUCUCCCACCUGGACAUCAGCCUCUGUGUGGGGCUCUACUCCCUGUCUUUCAUGGGCCUCCUGGCCGUCUACACCUACUUCCGGGCCAGGAUGAGGGCGCUGAAGGGCCAUGUUGGCCACCCUGCGGCCUGAACCAUUCAACUUGGGGAAGGGGCAGGGCCGGGAGCCGCCACUUGUGGUGCUCUCCCAGCCCCCUGCCCCUCUUCUCUCUCCCCGUGUUCCUUGUCCAGGGAAAUCCAGAGAA